CUGCUCAUCUCCAUGCCUGCAUAUUACUAUCCGUUGGAGGAGUCCUGUUGAGUCCCCAUCUCUCUCUUCCUUCACAUACCUUCGCGUCGACUGUGCUACCCGCCAGCCAUCGUCGUAGGCAUGGCGGCCCCAGUCGACAAGACACGCACUGAGCUCGGGCGUCGAUUCCCUUCCCCAUCUCGAGUCCCACGUUCUGUGACGGGCUUCAGCCCUGGUGGUGCUACUCCCACUGGCUACUCAUACCUCAAUCGAGCUCCAGCGCUGGUCACAUCGACCCGCAGAGGACCAGUGCGUUCGGUGACCGAGUCGCCUCCCGCUCCCGCCACAUCGGAUAUGCCCAAGACGACCCGUCUACCUGCAUCGUGUAACGAAUCCCAGUUGAGCGAGUCUAGCAGCUCGCCACCAAGAAGACCAGCAAUGCGUGCCUUCCCUCGGUCCAACACUACUCCCAACCUCCACAGUACGCACGUCGCCAGCUCAGCCGGACGCAUCCAAGCUCCUUUGGCCGCCCAUUCUCUUGCAGAUCUGCCUCGAGAUCCACGUACCUGGCUACCAGACGAAGUGAGCAUUUAUCUCUUCCACGUCUUUGUCAACGUCCCUGUGCCAGUCAUGGAGACACUCGCGCACUUUGUCGCAUCGGCGCAUCUCACUGGCAAGGCCUUUCUACGACUGCGCGAGCGCGAUCUGGAGAAGAAAGGCAUGAACACACGUUGGAGACGGCUGCUGUGUGAAGCUUCCCGACGCUUGCGACGAGAUGCCCUGCGCAGGCGGAUCUGGAGUGGCAGAGAGGAUGAGUGGUCUGGUUCUGACGAGGGUGGCUCUGAUCGUCCAAGGGAUACCGAGUCGGCAAGAGAAGGCAGCCAGCUCGCAAACGGCGAGAAGAGGGUCAUGACCAUCACGCUCAAGAGGAUUCAGAAUCGUAAGUACGUCAAGGAUGUCAUUCAGGGGCUCGAACCAGCAGCCUCAGAUGAGAAUCAGCCCCGCGUUCCCGGGCUGAGGCCACGACGCAAGGAAACAGCAUCGUGGGCUCAUGCAGACACAGAGGGCUACACAUCCUCUCGAGAUGCCGUAUCGCCGUCGUUCGGAGAGGGGUAUGUCAGGGGUCGUGUCACAAGCUUGACCUACCAGAAGGAUUCUGGCAGCUGGACGACAAGACAGCGGCAGGACAAGGAUGGCUUCUCACAGUCCUCCUCCGUGGACAGCAUCAUUGGACUCAGGAACGACUCGCCUGGCGGGCCAUCUGAGAGCGCCGAUGAGUCGAAAUGCACUGUCAGCGUUCCCAGUCAAGGGGCGGACUGGUCAGAAGCACCAGUAUUACUCGUUGCAGCCUCAGAGGAGGACAGAACAGACAUCGCAGGAGAGACUGAAGACGUCUCACCUUGGUCGCCACUUGAGCCAGGUCUUAUCGAUGCGAUCCUCGAGUCCGACAUGUCUCGAUCUCAGGAGAGCGACAUCUUUAGUAUGAGCAGGGAUUACAAUAUGUCAAGUGCCUCAACCCUUGCCGGAGAUAUCGACUACGAUCCUGUCAAGCGUGUUCGAGCGUCUACUUCGCAGUCUGAAGAUGACUUUUGGCGCGGGAAUGGCGUCGAAGACGAUGGCAGGCGCGAAAUGGAAUCUGACAGAGAAGCAAAAGAAGAAGAAACAAAUGUCGUGACAGGGGAAGAAAAAUUCGACGAGGAUCGCUAUCAAGACUCGCCCGAAGAUGAACCUGAGAACGAGUCAGCUCCUCAACUCGCCAGAGACAGCUUCCGUCUUUCCAAGCCACCCGACUUUCACGCUCGUACCUUCUCGAGAGCCAGUACGAGGUCAACCAGAAGCUUAUUCACUGCACUUGAGACAGACUCAGUCGGAACCAUCAGGUCUGACUAUGCAACGGCGCCGAGUGACUUUGGCUCAUUGACGUAUUCUGCUCCUCGCAGGAAGAAGAUUACGAGCGUGACGACACUCUUUGGACUUGGGAUAGCCGAGGCUGAGCUGGAGGGCCAGGAGGUCACACACGGAGAGCUGUCAGGCAUAGAAGAGUCACUGCCUAUCAAGAGUGCCGAGCUCAGCUCUUCAGACCCGCAGAAUGCAGGAUCGGACGGAGAAGAGGAGGAAGGACAAUUCGACGACCCAGCCGAAGAGACAGAGCCUACAUCCGCCCUAAAUCUUACGGAGCACAGCACCUGCACCAACAGCGACUCCCGCAUCCCCACCAGCAACCAGAGAGACGCUCAACCCUUCGCUACUUCCCCCAACUCAGGAGAGGGCGACCCCAGUCCCAGCUCCGACGGCGACGGACCCUCUUCAUGGCAAACACUCCUGCGCAGCACCAUCGACCAGCUUCAGUACGUACGCGGAUGUAUGGGCCUGCGCGCUCUCCCCGCAUACGCCGUCGCACUGGGCAUGGGCGCGGUCGUGGUGCUUGGGAGUGCGGCGCUUAAUGGUGUGGUGGGGAGAAAGGGGGUGAGGGGGUGA